AUGGCUUCUACAACCUCCAUACCCACCCCACCCCACCCCUCCUCAACCUCCUCAACCUCGCCAACAUCCACAACCUCACCCACCACCUCCACCCCCCGCCGCUCCACCGACCGCCUCAGCAUGCCCUUCGAACAACGCCUCACCAUUGCCAUGACCGCCGCCUUCCUCACCGGCCUGACCCUCGGCAUGUCCCACGGCGGCGGCACCGCCGGCCUGCGCUUCCGCGCCGAGAACGCGCACCGCCUGCCCACCGACGGCAAAGGCUGGUACCUAUACCACAAAUCCAAGAACUACUACCGACUAAAGUCCGGGCUGCGGGAGGGCGUCGGCAAGGGCACGAUGCUGGGAGUGUGGGCGGGGGUAUUCUACGUGUGCGAAGAGAGCGUGGACGUGUUCCGAGCGACGUGGCGGGCGGGGCGCACGGUGAGUGGGAUGGAGGGGGUGGACGAGCUGGGCGUGGGCGAGGCAGACGUGAGCGGGGUGCGGGAUGCGUUUGGGAGUCUGGUCGCGGGGUUGGGGACGGCGGGCUUGUGGAGUUUGUGGAAUAAAUUCCCGCUUCCGACGGCGGCGCGGACGGCGAAGAUGGGGUUGGUGGCCGGGCUGAGCUAUGGACUGUUACAAGACGGGUUGGCGCUCAUGAAGGGGCAGAAGGUUGGAUAUGUGGAGCGGAUAAAGGGUGUCUCGUCGAAUUAUAGGGAGUGGAAAGGGAAGGGAGAUGCGCAGUUAGCAGCUAAGAUUGAAGAACGGCAACAACGGAGGACAACAUGA